UUUCUAGGCAGGUUAAAUUAAACGUCUCUAGGGGAAAUAAAUGGGAAAUGUCUGCCCUGUGCGCAGCUGCCGAGCUUUCCAUAUAUAGCGCAAUGUAAACUAUGACGUAAUGCGUUGCCCCUGGGCGCAUUGCUUACGCGCGCGUGCGCUCGGCACUCGGCGAUUGGUCGAGCGUGUUGUAAUUUAUUAGAACCUCGCGCUCUUGUGGCUCUGCCUUCAGCCUUCACUACUUGUGAUAUCUGGUCGAAAACCGUGAUGAGGUUCGGAUGAAUAAAACCUGAGGUGAACUGUGUUUUCCGUCGCGUUUUGAUUUUUCCACUAAAUAGUGAUAAUUGAGUGUGUGGGGUCGGAAUGUCAUCUGGAUAUUAAUCGUCGAAUACACCAAAAGAUACACCGGAAAUGGCCACAAUUUUGGAAAACCUGACAGAUGGAGGCUCGAAAAAGGACAGAAUUCGACUGGCCAAAGAAAGAAGAGAGGAGAAAGAUAGAAGCCAAGCUGUGCGGGAGCGAGCUCUCUGGGAGAAGGAACAGCGUGCACAGCAGCAGUAUGAACGCUCAGUGGUGGAGCGAGGGAGGCGACUGGAGGAGCAGCGGCAAAAGGAGAUUCACCGUCGUUCGGCCGUGGAAGAGAAAAGGAGGCAGCGCAUAGAGGAGGAAAAGGAGCGACUAGAGGCCCUGAUGCGACGUUCCUUGGAGCGGAACCUGCAGGUGGACCAGAGGCCGAAACGUUGGACAUGGGGCGGACCUCCCGGAGCCUGCGAGGGUGAUCCUAAGAUCGCCCCUCCCUCUCCUCCUGCUUCAGCCUCCUUAGCCAAUGACCCCGCUGUUCCUCCUCCUGCCAGCAAAUCCAGGAACGUUCAAGAUUUUAUUAUUCCGCCCGAGUCCCCUGACUCUCUCCUGAGCAGACAUCUCUCGUCCUCAUCCACUACUUUGCCCAAUAUGACAGAGAAAGUGUCUUGUCUUUGUUCCCGAAUAGCCUCCUCCAGCCCUCACAGGUCUCCUUACAGGGCUUCACCCAGUAGAGCUGAGCGGAAGAAGGGUAGCGCAUCGUUUUGUGGACCAUUGAAUGACUCCAGAGGGGCAGCCACAACCCCGAAAACCCCUCAGACUGAGAAAACUGAAAAGAGCAUCGCCCAAACCUUAGCCGACUCAUCUAUGAAAAAACUUGAGUCUCCAACAACACCCACCCGAAGUUCUUCUACCCAAAAGAACCCCAGUACACCGAAAAGAUCAAGGUCUUGUAAGAGCCGCAUCCAGUCCCCGGCCUCCCCGGGUCAGUACCCCCCUUCCCCGAUGAGGCACAGAGCCACCACACCAAGUUUAGAGAGCAAGAGGUGGGAAGGAGAAGAGAAAGGGACCAUAGAGAGUAAAGGCUACAGCACUCUAGAGAGAAAGACCUCCAAAGCAGAGAGAAUCCCAAAAUCUACAAGCAAGGAAUUUGGACACAAUGCAGAGUCUCCAGUGACUCCCACUGGGAAAGCAGGAACCACUGAUGCAGAGGAGGCCUCCAGGCUGCUGGCAGAGAGACGACGCCUGGCCAGAGUACAGAAGGAGCAGGAAGAAAAGCAACGACUGGAAGAGGAGAGGCUCAGGGCUGAGGAGCUCCAGAGGCAGCAGGAAGAGGAGAGACAGCGGCAGGUGCAGGCAGCUCGACAGGCGGAGGAGAAAAGACAGAGACAGGAGGUGGAGCGCUGUCAGAGAGAGCAGGAAGACAGACACCAAAAGGAACAACGUUGGAAGGAUCUCCAGGAUGAGCUGGAGAGACAGAGGGAGGAAGCCGUGCAGCGCGUUCAUAGGGAGGCCGAACGGAAGAGGCAGGAGCGAGAGCUUCUGAAAAUUCAGGAGGAGCAUGAAAGACUGCAAAGGAAGAAGCGUAUUGAGGAGAUUAUGAAAAGGACAAGAAAACCAGAUGGAGAAAAGAAAGAAGAGGCGCAGAUGGAAGUCCCAUCCCCCAUUUCUGUUUCCCAGUCCAUCUCACCAUCUCCCUUGGAAACUGGAGCAGGUAAUACAGUGAUUAACAAUCCACCAAAGGCAACAUCUGAAUCUCCAAUCAUAUGCCUUCAGCCACUGGAGGCAAAGAGCAGCGGGCUGGAUGAUCUCUCUGAUGGGGUCCAGUCCAUGGAUGUCAGCCCUGUGUCCAGAGAUUCCCCCGUCAGCGAGAUCUCACAGAACAGCAUGAGUUCUGUGGCUUUGGGCGACAUCCUUGUUCUGACCGGGCAGGUCUCGCAUCCCAAAAUGUCUGCUGCUCCAGCUUUUGGUGACUGCAACAAGAACCUGAUCCAGGAUUGCAGUAGCGCUGCUAUUGACUCAUCACUUUUCCAGAGUCUUAGACCGACCUCAGACAAGCUCAACAUCUAAUAUAAAGACACUAUUGAAGCACGGGGCUGGACUGAACUGAUGUACUGGAGUGGAGCUGAAAAAUGAGACCAGCCCUUUGUGCCUCAGCAUCUUCAUGAGAGCCUGAAUAUCCUCUUGAACAGGAGAAUAAGGACGGAAUGUCAAACCA